ACCCUCCAGUCACCAGUCUGCCUGGCUGCAGGUGCCUUCCUGUCUCAUCAUGGCACUGCUCUGGGCCCUCGCAGUCCUGAGCCUCCUUCCUCUGCUGAACGCCCAGAACCCGCUGUGCGCCAACUUGACGGCAGUGCCCAUCACCAAUGCCACCUUGGACUUGAUCUCCGGCAAGUGGUAUUAUAUCGGCUCGGCCUUCCGAAACCCCCAGUACAAUGAGUCGGCCAGAUCCAUCCAGGCAGCCUUCUUUUUCUUUGAUCCCAAGCCCGCGGAGGACAAGAUAAACCUCAGAGAGUACCAGACCAUAGGGAACCAGUGCAUCUAUAACGACAGCUCCCUGAAGGUCCAUCGGGAGAAUGGAAGCCUAUCGAAACACGAGAUGGGCAGAGAACACGUUGCUGACCUGCUGUUAACCAAGGUCCCCAAGACCUUCAUGCUCAUCAAUUCCUUGCACGAUAAGAACAACGUGGGGCUCUCCUUCUACGCCGACAAGGCGGAGGUGACUCCGGAGCAGAUGAAAGAGUUCCAUGAUGCUAUUGAGUGCACGGGAAUCCACAAGUCAGAAAUCACAUACACCGACGAGAAAAAGGUGAGUGCAGGAGGACCAGGCCGGGAGGCCCCCGAGGGCGGUCCCACCUUGGGCGGCCGCAGAGCCCCAGAGAGGUCAAGGCUGCACAGAAAACCAUAAGAUCCUGCUUAAGAUCCUGCGGGGGGAUGGAUGAGCGGACGGGAGGGAAAAGUCCCUGGGAAGACAGGGAGGAUGCCCGGAACAUGUGGGGAGGAUGGGAGAGGCUAACAAGCGGGGGAGGGCAUAGCCAAGCUGUGGCGAACGUGGGAAAGAGACCCGGCCGCCCGCCACAGCCCAGGCUUCUAACGCUCCUGUGAUAGGGAACGGGCCUUGUGCUUUUUCAGGUCCACUGUCCCAAUUUUUGCUGCAACUGAGAAUUACCUGUGUAAUGAUCUUAAGACUGUCCUCUAAACCUGUGUGACACAAAAGGCUAUACUUCGUCUUAUCCUCUGCAGUAAUAUCUGCAAUCACAGGCAUUCCCGUCAUGGCUCAGUGGAAAUGAAUCUGACUAGAAUCCAUGAGAGUGCAGGUUUGAACCCUGACCUCGCUCAGUGGGUUAAGGAUCCGGUGUUGCUCUGGCUGUGGCAUAGGCCAGUGGCUACAGCUCCAAUUCAAUCCCUAGCCUGGGAACCUCCCCAUGCCAGGCGUGCAGCCCUAAAAAGACCAAAAAAAAAAAAAAAAAAAAUUUGCAAUCACAGAGCUGAUGAGCUGGUUACACUUUUUUUUUUUUUUUUUUAAGAUACAUGUAAAAUACUUUCAGGAUUAUCAAAAUAAAAACACCUCCAUCUGUCUGUCACCGGAGGUCAUUUUCCAUGACCACAGGUGGCACAAAUCAUCCCCCCACUUUCAGGAACCCUGGGAAAGGGCUAAUGAACACAGGCACUCGCAUGGGUCCCUCGGCCAGCAGCCUGCCACCCCCAUCUACUGGCUGGGGGACCUGGGACAGGCCACAGGCUGCCCGGAGCCUAGGACUCUCAUCAUCUGUACAUAGUGUGAGGAGUCCAGGAGAUCAACAGACGGGGGUGGCAUGUCAUAAGGACCCAGUGCCUGUCAGUUGUUAGGGUUCGAGGCUCUGUGUUAGAAGUGAGGAAGCUGAGGCUCAGGGAGAGAAAAUGACUUGCCCAAGGUCACCCAGCUGGAGCCCUGCUUGGGCUGGUGGCACAGUCCAGAGGUCAUUCCACUCUUCUCCCAGCCUCCCCCUCCAUUGCACUGUCUUCUAGGAUCUGUGUGGGCCGCUGGAGAAGCAGCAUGAGGAGGAAAGGAAGAAGGAGAAGGAGAAGGAGGGGUCCUAGCAUUGGGUCAGGUCCUUGGGCACCUUGGAGGCCCAUCCUCAGCACCUCCCACCCACCCUUUGCACCUCAAUUCUCUCCCUCAGUUGCAUCAAUAAAACUUCGCAUUUGGUACAGGCAA